CUGCAUUCCGGUGUCUUUGGUGGUUCUGUGCACGAAGCGAUGUCAGACUUGAUCUAUGUAUUAAGCAAGUUGGUGGACAAGAAAGGAAAAAUUCUUAUUCCUGGUUUUGAUGGAUCAGUAGCACCACUCACUGAGGAGGAAAAGGCAUUGUAUGAGAAAAAAGACUUUGAUGUGGAAGAAUAUUGCAAAGAUACAGGUGGCUGCCAACUGCUGCAUACCACUAAGGAACAAAUUCUGAUGCACAGAUGGAGAGAUCCAUACUUGUCUUUACAUGGCAUCGAGGGAGCUUUUGCUGGUUCGGGAGCUAAAACUGUAAUUCCUAGGAAAGUUAUUGGAAAGUUUUCCAUUCGAUUGGUACCUAAUGUGGAUCCAGUAGUGGUGGAGAAGCAGGUGGUAGGUUAUAUCAAGAAGAUUUUUGCUGAAUAUGGAAGUUGGAACAAACUGAAUGCCUACAUGGGUCGUGGUGCAAAAGUCUGGCUGGAUAACUACAACUAUCCUCACUUUAAAGCUGGCAGGAAUGCAAUGAAAACAGUAUUUGGAGUUGAACCAGACAUGACCAGGGAAGGUGGGAGUAUUCCAGUUACCCUGACAUUCCAGGAGGCGACAGGAAAAAGUGUUCUGUUACUGCCGCUUGGAGCUGCAAAUGAUGGUGCUCAUUCACAGAAUGAGAAAAUCAACCAUUCUAACUACUUUCAGGGAAUCAAAGUGCUUGGUGCCUACUUCAAUGAACUUUCUUCUUUGAAAUAA